AUGUCCACAGCGAUCGAGAAAGGUGACCCCAUCAUGCCGGCGAUUUCACCAUCCAACUCCAGCCAUGACCAUUCUCUCGAAAUGGACGAUGCUAAAUCGCGAUCGCACGCCUCCAGCAUUGCUGCCGCAGACGAGGAGAAAAGUAUUCCAGACAUGCCAAUCCCGCUGGCUCGACAAUCCACCGAACUGGGCCCGGCCGUGAAAGUGCCGCGAUCGAAGCGCCGUGGCCUGUUCGGCCAGAUGACCCUGGUGGCAGAGGUCGAAGAUCCCAAAACAUAUCCGCGAAGAAUGAAAUGGUUCAUCACAUUUAUUGUUGCGGUGGCUGGAGCUACAGCCCCGAUGGGCUCGUCUAUCUUCUUUCCUUCACUCUCUCAAGUAGCCCGGGAGUUACACACCACGGCUACUAUCACUAAUCUAUCGAUCGCCUUGUACAUGUUGAGUAUGUCUAUUUUUCCACUUUGGUGGUCCUCGUUCAGCGAACGUCUUGGCCGACGGACAAUCUACCUGGCUUCUUUCGUUCUUUUUGUGGUCUUCAAUUGCCUCUGCGCGGUCUCGAGCUCCAUUGCCAUGCUGAUCGUGAUGCGAAUGCUGAGCGGCGGUGCAUCCGCUUCCGUUCAAGCAGUUGGUGCAGGAACCAUUGCGGAUUUGUGGGACUCCCGCGAACGAGGUCGUGCCAUGGGAAUCUUUUAUCUAGGCCCCUUAUGUGGACCCUUGUUUGCACCUAUUGUUGGCGGUCUUCUUGCUGAACGUUGGGGUUGGAGAAGUACAAUGUGGUUCCUCGCUGGAUACGGUGCGCUCACUGUCAUCUUCAUCUUCCUCGCCCUGCCAGAAACGCUCGCCGUGCGGAAACCCGUUCUACCAGAUGUGGCCGAGAAUGAUAUGGCACCCGUCAGUCGCCCGCUAAGCCGAGUAUCCUCGCGACAGGUUGUUGGCGUCACGACGAGAUGGCUCAAGAUGCUGAAGAUUGUCUUCAUCGAUCCUUUGAAGAUCGUCCUUUACUUGCAGUAUAUCCCCGUGUUGUUGAGCGUGUACUAUGCAAGCAUUGCCUUUGGUUCGCUCUAUGUGUUGAAUGUCAGUGUUGAACACUCAUUCGGUAAGCCACCAUAUAAUUUUAGUACAAUUAUUAUUGGCUUGCUUUACAUUCCCAACUCGGUGGGGUACGUGGUGGCGAGUCUAUUCGGUGGUCGAUGGAUGGACAGCAUCAUGCAACGCGAAGCGAAGAAGGCAAAUCGGUAUGAUGAAAAGGGCAGACCGAUCUACCAUCCUGAGGAUCGCAUGCGUGAGAAUGCCUGGCUAGGAGCGUUCCUCUACCCAGCAGCUCUUAUCUGGUACGGUUGGACAGUUGACAAAGGAGUGUUCUGGCUGGUUCCGAUGAUUGCAAACUUCUUCUUCGGCAUUGGCUCGAUGCUCAUUUUCAGUAUGGUGACCACCAUGUUGACAGAGUUCAUGCCCAAGAAAUCCUCAGAAGGCGUGGCCCUCAACAAUUUCAUGCGAAACAUAUUCUCCUGCGUUGGCUCACUCGUUACAGCGCCCAUUAUUAAUGGCAUUGGCAACGGGUGGUUAUUCACCAUUCUUGGACUGGUCAGCUUCGCAAGCAGCUCGGUCAUUUUCUUGAUGAGGGUGUUCGGUCCUCGCUGGAGAAAAACCAUGGACGAACGCAUGCGGUGA